AAAGUAGGGCAUUUUGAUAACCAUUUUCAAAACUGGGGCAUUUUGGUAACCAAUCUUAAAAAGUAGGAUAUAGUGGUAAAAAAUACAAAAUUUGACACGGAAUAUUAAAAAAUAAAAAAUUUAGACUGUAAUUUUUACAUGUGAAUACUGGUAUAUUCUGUUCUCGUUUGACAACCCACCGCAACCUGCUUCUGUUCCGGCUUUGACUCAGAAUCUAUUUCUUCAUUUCGAGUGGUUAUGGCGUUGGUUCACGAUGAUGAUCCCAUGGUGGUUCCCAACCUCUCUCCACCCAAUACCUAUGAAUGUGUCGUCAAUGGUGGCACCUUUGACCGAUUGCAUGACGGCCAUCGCCUCUUUCUCACCGUCUCUCUCUGCUUUUCUGUUUUCAAUCUCUGAUUCAUUAUUUCCAAAUUAUAUAUUCAUUCAUAUAAUAACGCAAAAGGUUGAAUGUUGUGUGCAGACUUCAGCUCAAUUGGCAAGGAACCGGAUUGUGAUUGGAGUUUGCGAUGGACCUAUGCUUGAAAAGAAACAGUUUGCUGAACUCAUACAACCAAUUGAGACGAGGAUACAAAAUGUCAAAACUUUCAUAAAGUCUAUCAAGCCAGAGCUGGAAGUGCAAGCAUUACCAAUCACGGAUCCAUAUGGCCCUUCCAUUAUAGAUGAAAAAUUGGAGGCUGUGAUUGUGAGCAAAGAGACUUUACCUGGUGGGUCGGCAGUAAACAGAAAAAGAGCAGAAAGAGGCCUUUCGCAGUUGAAGAUUGAAGUUGUAGAUUUGGUCUCUGGAGAAUCAGGUGAAAUUAAGCUGAGUUCAUCAAUGUUGCGAAAGCUUGAGGCUGAAAAAGCCCAUAAACCAAGCACAAUACCACAGACAUAGUAGUAACAAAGAUUUGUUGACAUAUACAAAAACAAAGAUACAAUGUAAGAUGUCCAUUAAAGCAACUGAUAUGCUGGUGCAUGUUCAUGGCAUUGUUUCAAAAGCCAAAUUCACAUUCUUUAGAAGAAAAUAAUAUUGGAACGAUGUAUCUUGAUUUUCAUAUUUAAAUUAUCACAUGUUAGAAAAAACAUUAUGGUUUUGUUAGGUCAAGCUUUUUAUUUUUUGCUUAGAAAAAUCUGUAGUAGGGGCCUAAAAUUGCAUACUUAGUGUUCUUGAUAUAUAUUAGAUUACCCAAGUCAUUAUCAAGUUGCAACUCA